CGGCUUUGGCCUUUGCAGCAUCAGAAGUACAAUGACUUGAUAAUGGGCCUAAUCAAACAAGUGAUAAACUUUUAAGGAUAAAGGCAUUGUCGCUGUGAUAGACUUACUGUUUUUAAGAGUAUUGGGAAAAGGAGCUGUAUAUAACAGUAUCUUCAAUAUGCUGUUGCCAUCAACCAAAAUGCAGAAACCAUUUCAGCUGGUGUACAGGACAUAUUGGAUGCCUUAUCGCAGCUGUAUCUUUCCAUUCUUAAAAGGACAAGCCUCCUUGCUUAAUACUAGACAGAAAAUGGUUUCCUUGGCUUUGAGCUCCCAGCACCAGUGUCUACAUGCAUCUGCUGCUGUUUGUGUUUCCAAAGAAAGGCAGUUAUUGGGCAUGGCAUCAUCCCAGCUAGAAGACCAUCGCAAUAAAGAACUGAAAAGAGAAAUUCAUACCAAACCAUCUGGUAACUUAGCCCAGAAAGACUCUGUAGAACCAAAUUCUGUAGAGCUUGAUCCCUUACAAGACAAAUCUAUUAGUCUCGUGCAGAGAUUCAAGAGAACUUUUAAACAGUAUGGCAAAGUUCUGAUUCCAGUGCAUAUUUUGACUUCCAGCAUAUGGUUUGGAAUUUUUUACUAUGCAGCUUUAAAAGGAAUAAAUGUUGUUCCUUUCCUCGAAUUCAUAGGGUUGCCUGAAAGCAUUGUAAAUAUUCUAAAGCAUUCUCAGAGUGGUAAUGCGUUAACAGCCUAUGCAAUGUAUAAGAUUGCAACUCCGGCCAGAUACACAGUGACUUUAGGAGGGACAUCUAUCACUGUAAAGUACCUUCGUAAGCAAGGCUACAUGUCCACACCACCUCUAGUCAAGGACUACAUUCAGGAUCGAAUGGAAGAAACGAAAGAGCGACUAUCGGGGAAAAUGGAGGAAACCAGAGACAUGAUUAGUGGCAAAAUGGAAGAAACAAAAGAGAGGCUGACUGGGAAGAUGGAAGAAACAAAAGAUAGGAUAACAGAAAAGAUACAAGAAACAAAGGAUAAGGUUUCAUUUAUAAAAAAGAAAGAAUAGGAAAAUUGGCGGCAAAACCAAAGCAUUCGUAACUCUUCAGCAAAUGUGGAAUGUAUACACUUGCUGCUUUUUGUUUCUGCUUGUUGUAGGUGUUUUGGGCUGAUUAUAAAGUGCCAGUGAUUUGAAAACUAAAACAAUAACAUCUAAGGCUCACACCCAACUUUAGAAAAUUAUUGCAAUAUUUUCAAGUGUUAGAAUUUGGGACCAUAGCUAGGUCCCAAAGUGCGGUUCUGUGGUCUACCUAAUUAUGACCAACAGUCUUGUCUGGAUCUUUGUGGAGAAAGAACAAAGUUAUCUACACAUCUGAUUUGAGCUGACCUCUUUGUCACUGUUAAGUGUCUUGGAAGCAAAGUAUGAGAAUGUUUGGGUCAUGUACACAAACAUAUUUUGGAGAUGGUGUCAAUAUUUGUAAAUCAUUUAAUCACAAUAUUCUUAAAAUAUCAGGUAAUUAUAAAAUAUAUAUUACUUCUAUAUUCUUAUUAUAAACAGUUUACUGAAUGGUGUGUGAGAGAGACUGUAAAAUGAUACUAAACUUAAUUGUAUAUUUCAAAUGCACAAUUGGAUUGAUUAUUCCACGAUUAGACUAAAAAUGUCGUGCCAUCAUUAAAAGUUUUGAAAAAGAAGAUGAUAUGCAUAUGGAAUAGUCAUUUACAUUUUCAUCGUUAUGUUUAGAGUAAAGACUGAUAAAUGCUGCUGCCUUUUACAUUGAAGAAUCCUAGACAAUUUCCACAAAACUUCAGCAUUACUAUACUGUUGAGUACUAUGGAGUAAUCUAAAAUUUACAGAUGGAUCUUGCUGGAAUAAAUUUUGCAAAGUAGCAUUAUUAAAGUACUCAUGGCACAUCAUUACUGUCUGUGGGUUCUUCUUGUGUCACUGGCUGAGAGGAUCUCUUGGAAGCUACAUCUCAUGAACUUGCUGUUUGUCUCGCUGAAACAAGAUGCUAGAUAAUGUGUGCACAGAAUCUGCAUGCAACAGACUCCCAGGUAACCUGAUUUCAUAUUGGCAUAGCCUAUGUGUUUUUUCCUCCUUUCUAUGACUUUUCUGUCAGGUUUGUUUAAUGUUCUGGUCUUCUGGUUAUGUGUGAUCCCUUUGGGGGGUUUGCUUAAUAAAAAUCAAGCUCUA